GGCUCAUGCAAGUACUUAUAUGUGACCGUAACACUCACAACCCACUGUGUUCAGAGCCUUCAUGUCCUCAGCCGCUCUGUCGUUGGCUCGCCGUAUAACUUCUAUCACUGCGCACCUACAGUCCGGCAUGGCCCGCCCGAAAGUCGUCGUAACGAGGAACUUGGGCGCCGAGGCCAUGCGCCUACUCGAUCGCUCGGAUCUCGAUGUCGUCGCAUGGCACUCCGAGACACAGCCAUGCGAUAAGAAAUGGUUAUAUGACAACAUCCCUGGCGCGACAGGCAUACUGCUUCUGUUCUCUGAGAAGGUUGACCAAGAGUUUCUUGACGCUGCCGGCCCUACUCUAAAGGUUGUCUCAACGAUGUCCGUUGGCUAUGAGCACAUCGACGUCAAAGCACUCGCACAGCGAGGAAUCAAGCUUGGGUAUACCCCAGAUGUCCUCACGGAAGCAGUCGCUGACAUUACUGUCAUGCUCGCCCUGAUGGCCGGCCGCAACGUCAAAGAGACAACGACGAUCGUCCAGAACGGGCAGUGGUCCGCCUACCCAUGGGCACCGUACCUGUUCUGUGGCUCCCAGCUAAGCGCAAAUUGGCUUCAACCAACCCGCACAGCAGGGUUCCUCGGUUUCGGCCGCAUUGCCCAGUCGACACUCGCACGGCUUCUUCCCUUCGGCUUCACCCGCGCGCUCUACACCGGUAACCCCUCCUCGCAGCCCAAACCCGCGCGCGACGCAGAAAUGCACGCGAAGUACGCGUCGCAAGGCCUCGCGGAGUUCCGCCGAGUUGACAUCGCUGAGCUAGCGCGCGAGAGCGACGUCGUGUUCGUGCUCGCGCCCGGAGAGCCGAGCACGUAUCAUGUGGUGAACGAGGAGUUCUUGAGGGCCAUGAAGAAAACAGCGGUGUUGGUCAAUACGAGCCGCGGAAGCCUGGUUGACUCGGAGGCCCUCGCGAAGGCAUGCAGGGAGGGGUGGAUCUCCGGCGCCGGCGUGGAUGUCGUGGAGGGUGAGCCCCAUGUCCCGGCGGAUCACCCGCUUGUGAAGGAACCGAGAUGCGUAGUUUUGCCUCAUAUCGGAAGCGCCACCAAUGAGACGAGGCUAGGAAUGGGUACAAUGGCAAUCAACAACGUAAUCGCGGGCGUGCUUGGAGGAAACAUGCCCGCCGAGCUAAACAUGUCUCGGUAGAGCUGUACUUUGAUCCUGUCUGUUGUAUAAGUAGUAGAGUACGCAGACGCAGACGCGGUGCACUGUCUUGCACAGCUAAGGACAUAUGCUACCUUGGCAGGAUCAACGACGCUUGAGA